GUAUCAUGUCUUUGUGGUUCGGCGCCCUGUCUUUUGUGUGGCUGCUGCCCGUCUACAAAGAACUCCACCAUCACGCGCCUGAGUUUCACCUUAUUCCUCUUCUUGGGUACUUUGGUAUCUAUUAUCAUGAUCAUUCCAGGAGUGGAGGCAGAACUCCACAAGCUACCUGGGUUCUGUGAUGGCAGCAGCACUGUUCUAGGCGUUGCAGGCAAAGUUAACUGCCAGUCGUUCUUGGGUCACAAAUCCGUCUAUCGCAUGUGCUUUGCGACAGCUGCUUUCUUCUUCCUGUUUGGCUUGCUGAUGAUUUGCGUGAGGAACAGCAAGGAUCCUAGAGCUGCGAUACAGAAUGGGUUUUGGUUCUUCAAGCUCCUGAUAUUCAUUGGGAUUACAGUGGGGGCCUUCUAUAUUCCUGAUGGACCAUUCACAUCUGUUUGGUUCUACUUCGGUGUGGUUGGCUCCUUCCUGUUCAUCCUCAUCCAGCUCAUCCUCUUGAUCGACUUUGCCCACUCCUGGAAUCAAAUCUGGCUACGCAAUGCGGAUGAAGGCAAUACCAAGUGCUGGUAUGCAGAGAUGCAUCUGCAGUCAUCAUACAUCACUUCUGGUUUGAUCCCUGAUUUGCACAGAAGCUGCUUCUGUAUUUUUAUGAUAUUUACCUCCUCACUUUUGCAUCCACAGAAUGCUCAGCCUCACUCAGGUUUGCUGCAAGCCUCCAUCAUUACGCUCUACACCAUGUAUGUCACUUGGUCAUCCUUAGCAAACGUACCAGACAAAUACUGCAACCCAACGCUUCUGAUACGAACAGAGAGCAAUAGCACAUCUGUCACAGCUGCGGGUGGACAGCCGACCCAGUGGUGGGAUGCCCCAAGUAUUGUGGGAUUAGUGAUAUUCAUCCUGUGUACCUUUUUCAUAAGCAUCCGCUCUUCUGACCAUACCCAAGUGAACAAGAUGAUGCUGACGGAGGAGAGCCCAGCUAUGCUGGGAGGGAGCAGCCCCAGCUCUGACAGUGAGGGUCACAGAGCUUAUGACAACGAAGAAGAUGGAGUGUCUUACAACUACACCUUCUUCCACUUCUGCCUCCUUUUGGCUUCCCUCUACAUCAUGAUGACGCUGACCAACUGGUACAGGCCCGACCAACAACACCAAGAGCUGACCAGCCCUUGGACAGCCGUGUGGGUGAAAAUCUCUUCGAGUUGGGCUGGACUUCUCCUCUACCUGUGGACUCUGGUUGCCCCCCUCGUGUUCCCAGACCGUGAUUUCAGCUGAAAGAUCUUAGGAACACCUGACUUCAUCUAAACGGUGCAUGGAAACAAGCUUGUUGCCAUGGAAAUAAGUAAAGAAGGAUCUGGGUCCCUUCACUUGAAUUUGAGGGGCCAGCUUUAGUUCCACAGAUUCCAAAGCUAGCACUUCUCCCUUUCUGGUCUGUUGCUUGUCCUCCUUUGCCUUUUUGUAUUCAGGCGGAUCUGGCCAUGCCUUUCUCUUGUGCCUUUCUCUGCUUUUUUUCCCUAAGGGAAACACCGAAGUGAAUCAGUGCCCUUUUCUGCGUUGUAGUUGACACAUAGGACAAUAUCAUGGGGUGGAAAGGGAAGAACAGGUUUAAUUCUCACCGCUGGUGGUGUCUUAAGCAAAUCGUGAAAAUAGGUGAGUUGCCAAAAUCAUUUCUUGACUGUCAUUUCCUAAGGAAUGUUCAGGAUAAGGUUGCCUUUAAAUGCUGAACGCUUGACCAGUUUGCCUUGUUACAGGAAGCCUUUUAGAUGAAACUCGGUUCAUUUUAAUAUGAAACUUUGUGUAACGGGAAAUAAAACAAUGUUUACAUAAACUGA